UUCUUUGUGUUCUGCCAUGGGCUGCUGCAGCUCUCCCAGCUCCUGGUCUCGGGCUACCUGAAGAGCUCCAUCUCCACCAUCGAGCGCCGCUACGGCCUCUCCAGCCAGACCUCGGGGCUGCUGGCCUCCUUCAACGAGGCACCUUCAGCAACACCACGGACCUGUGCCAGCCUGGGGCCCCGGGCGCUGGGGCCAACCUGAGCGAUGCCAGCUGCCCUCCCCACGGCUCCAGGGAGAACCACGAGGUGCUGCUGGUGAUGUUCGUGGCCCAGGCCCUGCUGGGCAUCGGCGGCGUGCCCAUCCAGCCCUUCGGCAUCUCCUACAUCGACGACUUCGCCAGCCACAGGAACUCCCCCCUCUACCUGGGAAUCCUGUUCUCCCUGACCGUCGUGGGGCCGGGGGUGGCCUUCAUGCUGGGCUCUGCCAUGCUCAGGUUCUACGUGGACAUCGACAAAGUCACCUCAGCUGAGGUGCAGCUCACCAACAAGGACCCGCGCUGGGUGGGGGCCUGGUGGCUCGGCUUCCUGGUGGCCGCCAGCCUGGUGGCCCUGUGUGCCCUGCCAUACUUCUUCUUCCCACGGGAAAUGCCUAAAGAGGUUUCCCCGUGGUGCUGCUGAGGAACCUGAGGCACCCCGUGUACCUGCUGGUGGUGCUGGCUCAGGUCAACCUCUCUGCCAUGGUGGCUGGCUUGGCAACCUUCAUGGGCAAGUUCCUGGAGAGGCAGUUCUCCCUCACAGCCUCCCUGGCCAACAUGAUCAUUGGUGCUGUGAACAUCCCUGGGGCCAUGGUGGGGAUCGUGGUGGGCGGUGCCAUCCUGAAGCGGUUCCAGAUGUCCCUGAGGCAGUGCAGUGCCCUGUGUGUGCUGGGCAUGCUGCUGUGCCUGCUCACCGCCUUUCCCCUGCUCUUCCUGGGCUGCCCCACGCAGAAGGUGGCCGGUGUCACCCACUGGGACAGCUCUGGCUCUGGCCACCACGCCCUGGCGUGCAACGCGCGGUGCCGCUGCCCCGAGCGCGGCUUCAACCCCGUGUGCGGCCCCGACGGCGUGGAGUACACGUCCCCCUGCUCUGCUGGCUGCAGCGGCCUGGCCCUGCGCCCCGACGGCUCCGUGCUGAACUACACGGGCUGCAGCUGCGUCGGGGCAGUGGGCGCUGCCAGGCCGGGCCCCUGUGGCACCGGCUGCUCCCACCUCUUCGUGCCCUUCGUGGUGCUCUCCUGCCUGGCUGGCAUCCUGGCCAGCACCUCCCACACUCCCUCCUUCAUGCUCAUCCUCAGGAGCAUCCAGCCUGAAGACAAAUCAUUUGCUGUCGGCAUACAGUUCAUGCUGCUGAGAGUUUUAGCGUGGAUGCCGGGCCCGGUGCUGUACGGCAGCGCCAUCGACACCACCUGCGUGCUGUGGGAGAGGCGCUGCGAGCGCAGGGCAGCCUGCAGAUACUACGACAAUACCCUCUUCAGGCACAGGUAUCUGGGACUGCAGUUCUUCUUCGAGGUGGGCGCCUUCCUGUGCUUCGUGGCUGUGUACGUGAUCCUCAGGAAGCAGGAGAGGGAAGCCAGCCAGGCAGAGGAGGCGAAGGCAGAGCCAGAAAAGGAGAAACUGGCGGGAAAGUCCACAAAGAGCCCGGAAUCCAAAGUGUGACAGUGAAAUGUGGAUUGUGGUCCGUGCUGGGGAGGUGAAUCAGCCCACGGCCGAGCUGUGUGGGGUGGAUGCUUGGAGUGAUGGACCCAGGGCUGCUUCCUGCUGUCCUGGAUGGGAUGGACUCUGCCUGCACUGCAUGGAUCCAUCCACACAUUGUUCUCCUCCUAAGGAGUGCAGCUUGCUCCUUCACAUGGAUUAGUCCUCACUCUUUAACCCAUGGACUCUGCAGCCUCCUGGGUUUGUGUCCUACAAAGCAGCUUUUCCUGCUGACCCUCUCAGUGGUGCCAACACUGAGCAGAAACCAUAAACACAAAGGGUUUAGUAGAGUGGGUUUUUUUAAAAUAAAUCAUUUUUAAUAAAUGGUUUUGUACUGAA